AUGUCUGAGGAGGCGCUCUGGAACAACUCCUUCUACUCGUCCACCGCCCACAUCUCCCAGCUGAGUCUGGCAAACCAUAUCCUGGCGCUUCGCAAGCUGGUGGCGCUUCCACACUCGGUCUCGCUGAAUUCGAUUGCCGCUGUUCCCUUGGAUGCUGCCACGGAAAAGGAGGUGUUGACUCAGAAAACGUCUUUCAUGACUCCCUCGCCGUCGAUGAAGGCCUUGGAGAAGAUGAUGAACGACAAAGGUGCAAACUGUGGGCCUGAUGUUGCUGUUCCGGACGCAAUAGCUGAAGAGGAAGAGCCUCUCGUAUCGAAUUCCCCCGAGGCACCCGUGGCCUCUGUGUUUGACAAGCCAGGCUUCUCCAACGCAAAUUACACCUACCACAAUCUGGGGCUGAGAGUGUCGCUCAGGCAACUGCAGCACCAACCGCAGCCCAUGGCUUCCACUUCGACGUUUCACACGGCUCCGUCUUCAGAAUCGGUGCGCCGCUCUGUAGAGGGCAGUGACAACAUCGAAACCAACACUCAGAGCGACCAAAACGACAGACGGUACUCCUCUUCCAUCAGCACCAUUGGCGAAUCGGGUUACUCCGUGGGCACGCCGAAAUUGGACCCGCCAGCAUCUUUCCACACUUUCAAACGCACAACUAAAGAUUACUCGCCGCAGCUUCUAACGGUGGCCGCCAAUCCAGACAAACGCAGGGGCCUGGCGGAUCUGGACCACGACACUACGGCCGUCGAAGAUACGCCCGUGGACGAAAAGCAAAACUCCUCUUAUCCAUCAGCAUCUAAUGUCACAUUGAAGCAACCCGUGCAAAAAGAGUUUCCUGAACCUCCAACUGCAGUUGAGAAAAUGCAACAGCCUAAUAUUCAAAGAUCACCGGAGAAUCGUGAUGCUCGUUUUCAGGGCUCUCCCAAAAGACCCGUCAAAUCCCUUCUUGAUGUGGAGCCCCUUCUGCACACUCAAGAGGCCCUUCAACCCCCUUUCCAAGAUGAGAGAUUGAGCAAAACCUUAAAUGCUGCAGAAUCUUUCAAGAAGGACAAACUCACGCGUUCAUCGCCCGAGAAACUGACAUCCUCACCAUCCAACAUCUCGCAGAAAAUGCUGUCCUCGGCAUUUGGUACUCCAAGAUCAAAAAUUUCUUCACAAUUUCGUCGUAACUCGGUGGAUAUCAAUGAGAAAGAGGCUCAUAUCUCACCAAGGGUCCACAAACGGAGUAAUACUGUGGGUGACAUCUCAGCGGUUGCAAACUCUCAGAAGAAACAGGGCCCCGAACCAUUACAGAAAAAAGCUGCAACCAACCCUGAACCAUCAAACGUUCGCUCUACUCCUGGCGCUGGCGCCUCCAAGAGGUUCAGUUUUCGUGGUUUGUUCAAGAUAAAGUCGAAAAACCACUCGCUAGACAAAGUGAAAGAGGACUCUGAGAUGGGGCCAAGCAAGCCUACCAAGAUCAAAUCGAAGUCUUAUUCCUCACCAUCAUUUUCAACUUUGGUGGGACCUAGUCCAGGCAAGAAUAAGUCAGAGAAGCGGGAGUCUAAAAAUAUCUUCGGUGGCUUCAAACGUAAAAAGAGCGAAGUCCCUGAGCUUUCUACAAAAAAUGUUGAAAGUAAGAAUACCUCAAGGCCCAAUGGUGAAUUGAAGAUUGAUUCAACGAAACAGCCUCAGCAGAAUCUGAAGCCUAGUAUUCCACAAACUCCAACUACGCCAGGAUCUCUCGCCGAUAUGGAUACACCAGCUACCACCAACUUAGAGCCAACUAAGGAGGGUCCAACCAUUAGAGAAGUCGACGACUCUGAUUACAAUUUUGAGUACACUAAGGCAAGUCAUGCUGAAGAGCAUGAGGUUAGCGAAGCUGACGACACUGCGAAAUUGGUUUCAGAUCCUCCAAAGCGUCACAGCAACCAGAAUUAUGGCGAGGAAUUGACAUUGGAGCCCACACCCCAAUUGGCCCUUCCUGAUUUCCAGCCCAGUGAUCGUUCCUUUGGCUCACCCCUCCUCAAGUAUAAGUUUAACGAGACGCCAAAAUCUAAAGCAGCUCAAUCUAAUAGAUCCAGCUUGAAUCCACCUAAAAGUGACCAGUUGUUAGGUGAAGCGCUCUUUCCAAAACUGCUUAAUACGCUGGAGAUUGAGAAUAUAGUAUCGCUUGAGAGAUCGAGGUCUAUGAGAUCCAUUAAGUCUAAUAGCAAAAGAAGCUCCUUCAUAAACUACAAUGGCUCUGACGAGAAUGUCAUUGUAUACAGUGGUGAAGCCGGACAGAACAGUCCAAGCACCAUGAGACGUUCCGGGAGUAUCUUGAAGAAUUCGCUGUCGAUGAACAGUCUCAACGGAGUUGUGCAUCUGAUUGAUAAGGCGGUCUCGGACAGUCUAUUACCAAGCCCAAUUGAGCAUCACGAGAGGGAAGCCCUUGAUGAAAAUAUACUUCAGUCUGCUCUUGACUUCAUGGAGCAAGACACUGAGAAUGAAAACUUACAUGAUUUCAUCGAAUUUACAGACUUCAUCGACGUGGAUAAUCUUGACUUCCCUGCGUCCCCAAUGCAGUUCGAUCAGCAGCUCUCUCCCGUGAGUGAGCCAAGCGGAAGAGUUUUGGAUAGCUCUCCAGAACUUAAGUAUUCUGAGACAAUUAACGAUCGAGCAGAGAGCAGAAAUGUGGCGCAACCAGAAAAGGCGAGAGAAUUAACGCGCGAGGGUAAAUCUCAAGAAGAUUUUAUCAGCUCAGAACAUUCUUUUAUCCCUGCAUCACCCAAUGAGAGACAAGAUGAGCUGAUACAACCUGUCCUCACCGCUGAGGCUCCCGCCCAAGAGAACGGUAAGAUUGAAAACUCAUUUCAACGCUCUAAAACAGAAGAUACUGUCACUACCGAUAGUGAAUUGCCAAGUCUAGUUAUUGUGGAAGAGAAGCCUGAUGCUAACGAAAAGCGCCAAGAACCAGAGCCGCUGACCCCAACUUUAGGUUUGGAGGACGAUGACGCUCUCAAAAAACUGCCGAUCUUGGGCACAGCUUAUAAGAUGGCGCUCAACGAGGCAGUUGCCCGGAAUUCUCCCAACAAUGCCAGUAGACCAAUAUCCAUGUCCUUCAAGGGGUUCAAAGGGCCCGCGAUUAGCAAGCAGGCAAUUGCCAAGACGGGAUCGCACCAGCUGUUGAACAUGAAUGAUUCAUCGAACGAGUCGUCAGCAGUAGGGCAAGGGUUUGGUCUGUCUGAUGACGACGACGAUUCCGAAGAUGACUUUAGCUCCGAAGAUGAGCUGGAAAACAACAUGGAGAACGGUUUCACCGGCUUAGUCAAGAAGCCGCUUCAGGCACCAGGUCUCAAAUCAACCGGUAAUGCAGCUAAUAGAGGAGUGCCAUCGCCCAAAUUAAUGGGAUUGCACCCACCCAAGGGCCCAUUCGGCCACGAUAGAGUGCCUUCACUUAGCGAUCAGAGCACCACCUCGAGUCCACGCUCGUUGACAUCAUUUAUUUCGAGAAUAAGAAAGUCGCCCAUGGCGUCGCCAAAGGUGCAACAACAACAGCAAUACAAGACUGAGGGCGUGAGAUUCUCGUCGAGAAUCAUCUUGUAUGAUACCUACAACUGCGACGAGUACGAUAGACACCCCGAUAUCGCCACAUGCAACCAGUUGACGCCAAUGUUGGCUCAGCAGAUUCGAGAGGAGCUCAAUGAGAUCAAAAGCCAGAUGGAGGUGCACCAUGAGUCGCAGUGCUACACACAUUUCUUUUAA